CAUUUUCUUUCGCGGCCCAUCUUCAACUUCGACUCUUUUCUCCAUUCGGAUUCACCUCUCUAUUGAUGCCGUUGCCAAUCUUGCGAGCCCGUGGUCGAUCGCUCACUCUUCAGGCAUUGGAUGCCUACACCUACCUACAUCUAGCACACACCCACUGCCUGCCGCCUUUCUCCUCGCCCUCGUGAAUUCCUCCUGUGGCUCCUCACACCUUCACGCUUCCUCCGUCGCCUGCACCAUUGUGCAUCCCCCUUUGAUCCUUUGCUGAGCCCCCUCGUGCGGGCACCGCUGCGAUGAACCACCCUCGACUCGAUCCGCUGGACCUGCGCAAUGUGUCCACCGACGACUUCGAUGACGAACAGUCCACGCAAUGCACACAAAUGACCCAGGAAUUUGUGGAUCCGAGACGACUAGGCUUGAAUGCCUCGGGUCUGCAUGCUGAGGAUGUAUCGGAUGUCAUCUGCAUCCUCCACCCAUCGACACCGGCCGCAUACAAGCUCACACGAGAACACUCCCGAGCGAAGCCUCAAUUCUGCCUGCAGUACCGAGAUCUGCCGGAAGAAGAGCCUCCGGAAGAUGUGACAUUCAUUGUGGAUGAAGAUGAGGCUGCGAGACGGGGACAAGCUCCUCUGGACCUGGCCUUCCGCUUCUCAAACCGACCUAAACAAGCACAGCUUGGUUUGACAUUUGGCCGAAAUCCAGAGUCCUGCGAUAUUGCCAUUACGAGGGAUACCAACCGACGUAUCAGCAAUACACACUUCUGUAUUCAUUUGAACGAGACAGGGGUCCUUAUGAUUAAAGAUCUGAGCACGAAUGGAACCAUGGUGGAUGAGAUGCUUCUUAAGGGGAGCACUAGUCAUCACCCUCAUAGUCGCAUGCUCACCCAAGGCUCCGUCAUCCAGGUUCUAUCACCGUCUCCGGAUGAGGUGGUCAAGUUCAUUGUCCGCUUCCCUCAACGUGAUGAGCACUACCCAGCGUACGAAAACGCCAUGCAGAACUAUCUGAUUCGGCAAGCAGAGGUUAUCCGACAAUGGCGCAUGUCCAAGGGACUACCCGUUGGGCCACCAGACUUCACGCCUAGGCGCCACACAACCUUCACUGCACUAAUGCCCAACAACAACCACGGUAUGAGGUGGAAUGGCGGCAAAGAAUAUAACGUGGUGGGCACUGUUGGCAAAGGUGCCUUCGCUAGCGUCUAUCAGCUCGCCACCAAACGUGAUGGCCAUCUGUAUGCCGCAAAGGAGCUGGAGAAGCGCCGCUUUAUGAAGAACGGCAUUCUAGACCGUAAGCUUGACAACGAGAUGGAGAUCAUGCAGUCAAUCUCUCAUCCCAGUGUUGUUGACUACAGGGGAUGGCACGAAGAGAAGGACUAUUUGUACAUCAUUAUGGAGUAUGUUCCUUGCGGUGAUCUACAGCAGUAUCUUGCACAAUAUGGCCCUCUGCCUGAGAAGAUGGGAAAGCAGAUGGCUCAUCAAAUUCUGGACGCUUUAGAUUAUCUUCACAAGAAGAACAUCACCCACCGCGAUAUCAAACCAGACAACAUUUUACUCUUGACUACAGAGCCGGAAGAUUUCCGGGUGAAACUCUCCGACUUUGGACUUUCCAAGGUAAUCAACCACAACGACACAUUCUUGAAGACCUUCUGUGGUACCUUGCUCUACUGUGCACCCGAAGUGUUUCCACAUUACGACUCUCAUCCUGCUGCGCAGCGAGGCGUGAAACGGUCGCGGGAGCCUCGAGCUCAUCGAAAAUUCCACAGCUACAGUCAUGCAGUCGACGUUUGGUCUUUUGGAGCGGUGCUUUGGUAUACAUUGUGCCACAAACCGCCAUUCGAGGGAAUUGCGGAUGCCACUGGUCGCGGCAUGUUCGACAACAUCAUGCACACGCCUUUGGAUGCCAGCCCCCUCAUCAAGCGUGGCGUGUCAAGCUCUGCUAUCGACCUGCUCGUGUCCAUGCUCAACACUGAUCAUUUAGCACGUUUCUCCGCCGAAGACUGUUUGCGCCAUCCGUGGUUCGGGCUCGAGAAUCCACCACAACGACCAUACGAGCUUGCUUUGCAUGACAUUCAGGAGGAGGAUCACGACGCGGUUGCAGGCGCUGAAGAGGAUGUCGCUUCCCUAAGUCUGGACGAACGUGCGGCGGCGGCUGCAACUGGAUUCAGCCAGUACCAAGACGAAGUCAGCCUUAACGAGUCGGACAUGGACUUUUUGGACCCGCGCAAGUCGAAGCGGGUGAAGACCACCAAUAACGACAAUGCUCAUUCAGAGGAGCUAGGUGAUUCGAGUUCGGAGUCCAUGAAGUCUAUUCCGAUCGUCGACGAUACUCAGCUUGAUAGUCAAGCACACGCACAAGCCCGGCCUCCGCCUCAACCAGUGACACUCGGCAGGACUCCGAAGCUGUUCGGUGAGAUCAGCCAGACAAAUGUGAAGGUUCCGGCCUUCGCUGGGGAGCGACACGCUGUCAUGAGCAGCCGUACGGACUCUCAAGCAGAUGCACCAUCGGGUCAAAGCCAAUCCACGCUGCACGGUCAAAGUCUUACUGGCAGUUUACGUGGCACAGAGGCACUGGUUCGGGACAUGGAUAUAGACUCACCAUUCCUACCAAGCUCCUUUGACACCACUGAUGUUGAGGAUGGCGAUGUUAGUCCUGCUGAUACACCACUUCGGGGGAGCGUUGAAGACGAUCAUAACGAAUUGACCGUUUCAAAUGAUCAAGAGGAGACUCCAAGACAGGUCCCUUUCAAGCGGGAGAUAAUCAUGCCACUGCUUGCAUCCUACUAUUACGAUCCAGCCGACCCCAGUACACAUAAUGCGGAGUAUGCUUCUCGGGUCAGCGGUCACGAUUUCGUCAAGGAGCCCAAGUAUUACCCGAAGCGGCCUCUGUCUAUGCCAAGCACGCAUGCGACGCGCAACACUACUGUCAGGAACGCCACUGAGACAGUACCUUCCACUGAAGCUAGACUCUCUUACUCAGGGUUCUACAUGUCUGCUGCUGGGUCUGAAGUUCUUCUAUCGGGCGCUGAGUACCCGACGACGAAGAGGGGCGAUCCUGUAGGCAGGCUUGUGUCUACUCCAGAUUCAUUCGCGAACGUGACGAUUGAGCUCACGCGACGCAAUAACACGUUUGGUCGUGAUAGGCAUUGCACGACAGUGUACGAGGACAAAGAGGACACGCGCGUGGGAAAGUUUGCGUUUACGAUCUUUACCCACGCCACCGGAAUUGAGAAUAUACCCGAGGGCGAGGAACAUCUCGAUGCUCUGCCAGGCGCAUAUGUGGGAAUACUGACGCACAGUAGCAAUGGCGUCAGUAUCAAUGGCGAGAAACUGCGAAAGAGCGAGGGACCUGGUCGGCAAACGUACGGCAAGCUCCACACCGGCGACGUGAUCGAGGUAUAUCCGCGGCUCAAGAAGCAGAAGGGACUGCAUUUCAUCGCCGAGAUCAACCAAGGAGAGGGCAAGACACGCCGAUCGGGUUCGAACAGAUUCGUGGUUGAGAUGGAAUCCCCUUACUCGUCACCCUUUGCACAGACAGGAGAUCACGAAGAUGAGGUGCCAUAUUCCAACCAAGCCGCCAGAGGGUAGAAUUGGAGGUGCGCGAAGGAAGACGGCAUGUGGAGAGGCUUGCUAGCAAUGAGGAGGAUGAGGCAGGGCAUGGCAUAUGUGUAGGUAGACAGUCUUUUGAAGUUCCCGAAAGAAGGCCCUUUGCCUCGUCUUCUCGUGGUGCAGGAGGGGUAAACA